ACCGUGAAAAUAGCCAGUCUUAAAGAUAUCUCCAAAGUGAUCAGUUCGGAAUUGAAUAAUCGAAACAGCACAAAGCGAGCGGAAAAUAAUUUUUUUUUGUGAAUUUAAAGAAAAGUAGAAAAGAGAAAAGAAUUCAAAUUUUUUUACCAAAAUGGCUAAAGGAAAUUGCACACGAAAAUCCGAUGGAACAAUCGUCUACAAAACGGUUUCAAAAAGUGGUUCGCCUCCGGCUGAAUUAGACUCAUCCAAAUGGUAUAUGGAUAAAUGUGAAAUUGUCGGUUAUCGUGGAGAACAUCUCACAAUAACAGUGAACCAAGAUGGAAUUAUUCGUGUGGAUGGUGAUUAUAAUGACGGCAGAGCCAGCCGGUCCUUUUUCAACGAAUACAUCAUUCCCGAUGGGGUCAACCAUGAGGCAUUAGAGUUUCGUAUUUAUGAAGCUGAUGCAAAUACGUUGGUGAUUGUUGGUGGUAUUGGAUCGGAUGAAUUGGUGUCGGCACAACAAAGUUCCACGAUAACACGUACGGAAGAUGUGCGAAUUAGUUCGACAUUCACGGAAACAUUUGAAUCGACCGAAUUGGAGGGCUCGGAAGAUAUAAGCAAGGAAAUUCGCGUUUCGGACAACAAAUUUGAGGCAACAGUAAACGUCUCCGAAUACAAAUCCGAAGAGAUUCAAGUUAGAAUAUCAAGGAAAGUGGUUCUGAUAACAUCCCGCAAAGAAGUGACCAAGACAAGUACCCGACAGGAAAUCAAGAAAACUUUCGAAAUUCCUGAUGGAGUGAAACCAGAGUCGAUAACCAGCGUCGUUGGAAAGGAUGGAAAUCUUACCGUUACAGCGAAAGUUGACCAAGAACUUGCCAGACAACAACAACUUCAAAAGCAGAUAGUCGAAAAACAACAGACAAACACGGAUGAAGUGCUGAUUCGUGUUCGCACAGUCAAUACAACCAAAACUGUGACCGGAGACGAUUUGAAAGACGUGAGAGUCAACAAGGAUCGAUUUGAGAUGAACGUGGAUCUGCGUGAAUACAAAUUGGAAGAAGUGACUGUCAAAAUCGUCAAAACUCGUCGCAUCAUUACAAUCUCUGCCAAUCACAAGAGUCAAUAUGAAAGCCGAUCAACCUAUCGCGAAUUUACGCUCCCGGCCGGUGCACCAGACUCGAAUCCGAAUGCAAUUGACGCUGUGUUGAGUCCAAACGGAAUCCUUACAAUAACUGGACCGUGCUCACCGCAAUCGCAACCAGCCGCAUUGACUGACACCACCGACGAUGUUCGAAAUAAGGUGGUUCAGCAACAGCAGCAGAACACUGCCGUGCAACAGCAACAACAAAACACUUCUGUUAAGCAGCAAAAUACUUCGGUGCAAGAACAACAGUCAAUCGUCCAGCAGAAGAAUAACUCGGUGCAACAGAACACUUCCGUUCAGCAACAGAAUACCUCUGUUCAGCAACAUCAUAAAAACACUUCUGUCCAGCAAGUGCAAGACUCCACCGUUCAACAACAUCAAUCGCAGCAGGAAAUUGUUCAGAAGAGCCGAUACACAAAAAUCACACGCGCAACAUUCACUUCAAGCACCAUGACCUCAUUGGAUAUUGCUGAAGCAAAUGACGAUAAUUUUGGAGAACCUCUGGUUUCAGAGCCCAGUACGCCAAUCGAAGACGUAACGCAAGACAUGGUCGAAGAUGAAGAUGGUAACUACGUCGUCGAACUGAAUAUCAGAGAUUACCGUCCAGAAGAGAUCACAAUUAAAGCAUCCAAGACAACUAUUACCGUUGUUGGACGUAAAACCGAUACGAAUGAAGAGUUCUGUAAAACGGUGCACGUUCCAGUUGGCGUGGUUGUUACUCCCGACAAAAUUAGGAGCAUCUUAGACAAAUCCAGACGAGUGAUCACUAUAAUCAUCACAAAGACGACAACUGUUACUACAACCGAGGAACAAACCAAAGAGCAGCAGAGGGUCGACACUUUGCAACAGCAAAAACAACAGGUACAACAGAAGCAGGAAUCGGUACAGGAGACCCAAACAAAAAUCCAAACUCAGCAACAAGUCAAUCAGCAGAAACAAGUGCAACAGAAGCAGAGAUCGAUUGAAGAGACCCAAACUGAAGUUCAAACUCAGCAACGAAUCAACCAACAGAGGCAAGUCCAACAGAAGCAGGAAUCGAUUGAAGAGACUGAGGUUCAAACUCAACAACGAAUCAAUCAACAGAGACAAGUCCAACAGAAGCAGGAAUCGGUUGAAGAGACUGAAGUUCAAACUCAACAACGAAUCAAUCAACAGAGACAAGUCCAACAAAAACAGGAUUCGAUUCGGGAGACUCAAACUGACGUUCGAACUCAGCAGCUAACCGAACAGCAGAAGCAGCUUCAACAGAGACAAGAUCAACGUCAACAGAACACAACCACUACAACGACUACAUCAAAAAGAACCUUGAAAACAACCACAACGACCGUUGAAUCGUUGAAGCAACUCGGCUACAAUUUCGAUUCGGCUACUUCACAAGUUUAUACUGGCGAUCCGAAAUUUUUCGAACGCGCUACACAAAUUGUGGACUACAAGCCAGAGGAACUGGAGGUGAAAAUUGCCAUGCCUUGGGUUAUAAUCGAAGGAAAACAGGAGAUGACGGCGGAAAAUGGCUGGAGAAGUAAGCAGUUUACGAAAAUGUUCACAGUGCCGGAAGGUGUUAAGCAAGAAAACAUUGUCCUGGAAAUGAAUGAUGCUGGUGAUGUUGUGAAUUGUACAGCACGAAUUGGUUAAACUGAUGUACCAUCAUUUCUGAUGUCGCAUUUUAAGCUGUGCGCUUGGCUUUGUGGUUAAUAUUUAUUUAUUUUUUUUACAUAUUUGAAUCGGUUAAUUUUAAAUAAUAAUGUCUCCGUCGAAGGAUGGACGGGCAUCUAUGUCACAAAAUUUUUUGUAAAUUAAAAAUUUAUUUUUAUUAAAAAUUUUAUUGCCUGCGAUAAAAACCAAAUUAUUUUCU